AUAGUGUCGAAGAAUCUAUACAAGAUUAAGAAAUGGAUAAAGAAGUUCUUGAAGUAGUCCUGAAGAAGUUAGACAGGGAGUCGAAGAUCGCUUCUAUCAUAGAUCUACAGUCGGUACCAGCAUUGGCCAAAGGAGAGAAUUAUACAUCGACCAUCUUCAGGAUAACUUUGAAAGUAGUCUUGGGCAAUGGAAGGCAAGCCAAGAAGUCCUUCAUCAUGAAGAAGUUGAUCACUGAAGGAGAAAGCGGAGAACUCCUAAAAGAGCUUAAUAUAGCCAAGAUUGAAAGCCAGAUAUAUUCCGUAGUACACAAAAAUAUGACCUACCUAAUGGAAGAAUUCGAAGACACCGAUGAGUCUAUUUGGUGUAAAUUCAUUCACUAUGACCCGCAAUACCAUUCUAUUCUGCUGGAAGAUCUAAAAGCAAGUGGUUACAGUUUGGUUCCUAGACAGAAAGGUUUGGAUUUAGACCAUGCCAUCCUCGUUCUCAAUAGUUUAGGAAGGUACCACGGGAUGGCGAAGGUACUCGAACAGAGGGGAAUCAUCUCCAAAGAUGACUAUAAACCUUAUACGUUGUUUACUGACUUAAAACUUAUAAAAAGUUAUCUCUACGGAAGUAUUUCAAUUCUUUCCAAGGUUAUGAAGAAUAGCUGGGGUCCUGAUUGGGAAGACACAGCAAAUAAACUGAAGAUACCAUUCGAUCAAUUUGCUGCAAAAUGGAUGAGUAUGGGAACGGUUUAUACUGAGACAAACUUUACAGUUCUCAACCAUGGCGAUUGCUGGUCAAACAAUAUGAUGUUCAAAUAUGACUUUCAGAAGCGACCAAUAGAUGUGAAAUUUUUGGACUACCAAGGACCCCAUUACAACACACCAUGCACAGAUGUUACCUAUUUCAUGUACGUUGGUGUACAGCCUCCAGUUCGUCGAAGCAACUAUGAACUCCUGCUGAAGACUUACCACGACUCCUUGGUCAGAACUUUGGACAAGUUCGGUUUCACAGGUACAAAGCCAACUCUUGAAGAAAUUACCGAUACAAUGAAGCGACUCGAAUUCUUCGGACUGGCGUUUUUCGCAGUAUUAUACCCAACUCUCAUCUGUACAUCGUCAGAAGCUUUAGACUUGGAGAAGGUUCUAGCGACUGGAGGAGAAGAAGGGUUUAAUGAAGAUGUUUUGAGAGAACCUGGAAUGAUUGAAAAAUUGGGACCGGAUAUAAUUGAUUUUGCAGAGAGGCACGCUUCUGGUUUAAAUCAAAGUUGAACCAGUAGUCCAUUAGUUUUGGGAAUCAAAAUGAAAAACCAAACCAGGUGGUUAUGUUUAUUUAUAAAUAUGUAAAUUUUGAUAAAUUAUUACACAGAAGUAAGGGUAAAUACAGUUUUUAGAUUGUAAAUAAAACAAUCAAUGGAAGAUAAAAUGGCAUAUAAAAAGUAUUUAUUAUAAGAAUAAGUAGUCUAUUGUUCUAAAUAAUUAAGAAAAUAAUAUUUGUAAAUAAUUUAUGUAACAUUAAAUGAUUGGUUUCUUA